GAAGAAAAUAGUGUCGGCCUUCGUCGUACUUGUUCAGCGACGUUUAAGCUUCCGUUCACUCCUAAGAGAAACGGCCCAUUUGCACGGUGCAUUUUUCCGUCGACGUUUGGUGAACUCUCAGAAAAAGCCUCGCUGCUGGCGCUUUCUACGCUUCGUUAGCUGCGCGCGUUGCCAGUGUUGGUUCUUCUUCCCUGAGCGAAAGCGAAGCCCUUCGAUGCGCACCGAAAAGGCGCGACAGCGAUUGAUUGACGCACCCGAAUUUCCUCCAAGACACGAGACGCUGAAGCCGAAACAACGACUUAUAAUCGUAUAGCGAGUCUCCUCAGGAGAUACGAAGGCCGACGCGUCGUGAGUGACCCCGAUCGGCGGUGUGAAAUUGCGAGGCCAUCGUCUAUCCGUUAUCUUCACAACAGACGCAUAGGCGAGAAGUGAUAGCAGAGGUCUUCUGAAUAUGAGGCUCACACUCGCAGUGGUCUGCGUGCUACUACGCAUCGCGCUUCAACGCGCGCGAGCGCAGGAAAAUGUGACAGGUGCCGCCGGCGAAGACGACGGUCCGACGGCAAUCGAGAGCGCGGAUGAGGAAUUGGACUACAUGCAACUGUUCCGAAACACCGUGGCCGGUGGCUUCGCCAACAUGCCGGUGGCCCUGCGGAGGAGGCUCCUGAGCGCUGACGUCACGCCCGAGUGCAACGUGGGUCUGCUGCGUUUCAUGCGAGCCAUGCAGAAUCUCGAGCCAUGGGCCCUGAGACUUUUGGACGCUUCCGGAAAGUUCCCUUCAGGCCUGCUGCAGGGUUCUCGUGUUGACCUCGGGGCCUUCGAUGAGUGCCUCGAGACAGAGAUAUACGACACCUACGGGGAUGUGCUCAUGCGUGGCCAGUACUGCAAUCUUCUAGUGUACAAUGAGAACUCCACGGCAUCAGCAGGAAAGAUCCAGACCUUCUCCAGUGUUCUCCAUCCCAAGCUCAAAUACUUUAGCAAUUACUUCUCCGUCGAAGAGCUUCCCGUUAUGCGCAUGGCGAUUUGCUCGGUAGACGAGUGCAACCAACGAGAUUUGCAAGCUUUAGUCGACGCAGUCAAGCCUCCGCUGGUACGUCUGGAAGUAUCAAAUUGCGUGACAGCGCAAGUGGAACCGUGGACAAAUGGCCAAAUUGGAAUUAUGAUGUUUUUGUGCGUCCUUCUAGUCAUCAUUAUUGCCGCUACAUUUACAGACCAUUUAAUGAAGCUCAAGCCAAAACUCAUGGAAAAGCACGGUGCGCUUGGUGAUCUUGUGAGAGGUUUCUCCGCCACGUCAAACACGCGCAUGUUGCUCAAAGUCGCCGAGAAGUCAAACACUGACCAUUACGCCCUGCAGUUCCUGCACGGCAUGAGGUUCUUCUCCAUCAUCCACAUAGUGUUUUGCCAUUGCGGUCAAACGAUGUCCGACAAUUGGUCACGUUACCUGAAUUUGCUCAUCGCCUCUGACAAAUGGUCAUACAUGAUCCUAAGCGCCGGGUUCAGCAGCGUUGGAACCUUCUUUUUCCUCAGUGGAUUUUUCUUGUGCCUCACUAUGAGCAGGGAGAAGAGAGGCGGGCCCAUCGUUUUCAUCAUUGGCCUUAUACAACGACUUAUCAGAACUGCCAUUCCACUGUUCUUCAUCAUCAUGUGCUUAUACCUGAUGCCACGCAUCGUAUUCGGACCGGACACGAAGGCUUUCUUCCUCAAGCUGUACAACGAUGUCGGCAGUCAUUGGUGGCACCUGCUUCUGAUGAUCAGGAAUUUUGUUGAGAUCACAGCGUGGGAUAUGCUUCCGCACACGUGGUACCUGUCCACGGAUUUCCAGCUCUUCAGCACCUCCCUUGUGAUACUACUAGUUUUCAAAAGUCGGAAGAUGCUGGCCGUGGGCGCAUUCAUUCUGUUGUCCUUCCUGGGCUGUGCCAUCGGAACAUGGGCAGUGGCCAGUUCUGACUUGCUGCCUUUCAUGGUGUUUCCCGGGCCCGUUCUACAAGUGAUGUCCAAAACUGUGAACGAAUACUACCUUCGGCCAUACUAUCACGCCGUGUGCUACUUCAGCGGGUGUUUGACAUACCUCCUUAUGGAAGACUUCAGGCAGCGAAAAAUUAGCAAGACCGUUCAGGUGACAGGCUGGUGCGUCUAUGUGAGCUGCGCCUUGCUCUGCAUAUUCAUGAAGCUCGCCUGGUACCGAAGCCCUGACCCCACGUCGGAAGCAGUAAAGCUGCUCGCGGCAUUUUUUGAUCGGAUCCUGUGGUCGGUGUCCCUCAUUUGGAUCACAUUGGCCUGCGCUUCUGGAAGAGGCGGGCUUGUCAGCAAGUUUCUGUCGUGCAAUGUAUUCGUGCCGCUGAGCAAGCUCUCAUUUGGUGUGUACCUGAUCCAUGUACCUUUCAUCGAACUUUACCUACAUGCCUCCAGGGAGCGCGUAUUCUGGUCAAUAUUUCAUUUGACCAUGAUUUUCAUCGCAGUUCUCGCGUGGAGCUACCUGCUGGCCUACCUGGCUUUCCUUGCAUGUGAAGCUCCAACAGGUGCCCUGAGCAAAUUCAUUUUCACCAGACUUGUCGGCGGAGGCGGAAAUGCGAGGAAGCGGCAUAGAACGCAACAACAUGUCAGCGAUGAGAAGCCACAGAUAAAUGUAGAAGACGGUGUGUCGUCCCGAUGUUAAUUCGGCAGCCGGCCGUAUGCUCUGUGUGUCGUCAUUAAUCCGUGCGGCGUCAAUUGUGGACCUUCAGAACGCUCAGCGGAAGCAUCUCGUGGCGAAAACGAUGCAACGGUGGCUGUGAUACUGCGCGCAAGUGAAUGCAAUGAAGGUGUGGUGGUGUCUCUUUUAUAGGGGAAAGCUGGCGAUUACCACUUUACAGGCUUAAGUGGCCUGGAGUCUAACUUCGAUCUUUCUGUUCACACCUACGUUAAACUUAGAAAUCAUCUCAUUAAACAACCGCUUAACGAAUUUGAAGGAAUUUUGGUGCACCCAGAAGGAAAGGCGGAUGCUAACAACAGUACAAAGUAGGAUUUGCGUUUAAAGGCUCAUAGUCUCUACGAAAAUGCUGUGGCGAUUGUGCGGUGAAUGCCAAAGAACCGUCGCACCUUUAUGAGGGCCAGGGUUCCUAAUUUAAAACCUGUGCUCCACUUUGCAAAGUGAAACUGACGGUGCAACAGAGAAGGCCGC